GGGGUGGAGACAUAUCAGAUUCAGAGGGGUGGGACUAGAGGUGGGAGCAGGUGGUGACUUGUUUAUCUGCUCAGCUGUUGUGUGGCCUGAGAGAGAGACAGAAGCAGCUGGGAGAAGGAAGAAAGGAGCUCAGGGCCUAUCAGUCUUUCUGCCUUACAGGUUUGUCCCUGACAUGAAGUCUCCAGCUGGCCCAACCAGAUGGCUAUUACUGCUUGUCACCAGUCUGGUUUCUCUUUGCCUUUCCUUCCCACUGUGGAAGGACCGGGACUUCUUGAUGGAGGAAGAGGAUGCCCAUCGGACAGGUGGCAACCUGGUGCUUGGGAACUGGGAACAGAAGCUCAAUGAGAAGCUCAUAACCCUCAAGGAGAAGGAAGUGGCCAAGGCCAUCAGUACUGGACAGUUCCCACCCAGCAUGCACUUCUUCAGGGCCAGAAGCCUCAUUGACCAAAGCACAGUGUUCAGCAUCUUGAAACGCAUGCCCAAAGGUGCAGUCCUACACUUGCAUGACUACGCAAUCCUGAGUGCAGACUGGCUGGUGAACAAUGCCACCUACCUCCCUAACUGCUAUAUCUGCUUCACCUGCUUGGGCACAGUUCGGUUCAGGUUUUCCAAGCCUCACCCUCCCAGCAAAGUGCCACCCAACUGCUCAAAAUGGGUGUUGCUGGAGACAUACCGGAAGCAGCUGCACAACAUCACAGAGUUUGAUCACAGCUUGCUGAAGAACCUGACUCUGGUGACAGAUGAUCCAGAGGUGGCCUACCCAACUCAGGCUUUUAUUUGGAAAAAAUUUGAAAAUGCCUUUCUCACUGCUUCUGGCCUUGUCUGCUAUGCACCCGUGUUCAAGGCCUAUUUCUAUCAGGGGCUGCUGGAACUCUACAAGGAUAACAUCCAGUAUGUCGAGAUAAGAGCAAUACUCCCACAGGUGUAUGAAUUGGAUGGUACCACACACAACAAAUCGUGGUCUGUGGUGACAUAUCGGGAGGUGACAAGGCAGUUUGUUAAAGAUCAUCCCGAUUUUAUUGGAGCAAAGAUUAUAUUUACAGCACACAGAAUGCUGAAUGUUUCCCAGAUUAAAGAAGCCAUCUACACAGCCAUGUUGCUCAGAGCCCAGUUCCCGGACACUUUAGCAGGAUUUGACCUGGUUGGGUAUGAGGACGAAGGACACUCUCUCUGGGAGCUGAAGGAUAUCCUGACCAUUCCAUAUUCUCUAGGAGUCCAUUUGCCUUACUUUUUCCAUGCUGGUGAGACUGACUGGCAAGGAACCUCUGCAGACAACAAUGUACUGGAUGCUUUGCUGUUGAAUACUAGCCGGAUUGGCCAUGGACUUACCUUCAAUAAACAUCCAGUAGCCAGGAGCUUGUCCCGGAAGAUGGAUGUUCCUAUAGAAGUCUGUCCAAUCUCUAACCAGGUCCUAAAGUUAGUAUCUGAUCUGAGGAACCAUCCUGCUGCUGAGCUGAUUGCUGAUGGACACCCCAUAGUGGUCAGUCCAGAUGACCCAUCUGUCUUUGGAGCAAAGGGAGUGUCGUAUGACUUCUACGAAGUGUUCAUGGGCAUUGGAGGGAUGAAUGCUGAUCUGAGGACCUUGAAACAAUUGGCAUUGAACUCUCUAAAAUACAGCUCCAUGCAGCCAGAGGAGAAAGCUAAAGCUGAAGAGGUCUGGCAGAAAAAAUGGAACCAGUUUAUAGCUGACUUCUCUGGUGUUUUCCCAAGAGAGCUCUAAGAGGGGGAAGACCCAUGUCAAAGAGAACAUAGCAAGCUGGAGUGAACAAUGGCCACUGCUAGCACCGAGAGCAUUCUUUUUCCACAUUGUAUGAGCAGGUGGACCUCCAACCUUCACUAGGAGCUGGGUGAUUUUGACCAAUUGGAGUUAUAAACAGCACAAGGCCCUCUAUAAAAGUCUCAGAUGAAGCACAACAAUAAGCCUUCAAAACACAAAUUUAAACCUGCAGGAAAUGAUCAAAAUGCUAUUCAAACCAUGAUGGGCCAAAUCCUGAAGUCUUCACUUGGGGAACCCCACUUUGAAAUGGCAGUCUGUUGGAGUUCUGACUCUACAAGGACCUCGGCAUUUCACCUUAUCAUUCCAACAUAGGUUUCUCCUCAGGAAGUUGCUCAGACAAGCAUCCUGCCAUUUGGGCCACUAACCUUGACCUUCAGGAAGGCAAGGAAUGAAAAUAACUCACUCGUGUUAUGUGCAACCUUAGGGCUGCUGCCAAGAGUAGCAUGGUUAGACUGAAGAGUCAGGACUUGUUCUAGGGCUUGGUAUUUCAGGAACUAUGAAGGCUAGAAACAAGCUGAUGGAGGUGUACAAGCACUUUCCUGGCUAAAAUGCUUUCUGGAAGAAGGUGUACCUUCUUUCUCCACUCACCUUGGUACAGACUCCAAAAGGCUUCUUCACCUGGAGAAGUGGCCUCUGACUUCAAGAGGAACUUCUUGUAUCCAGAUUAAAUAAAACUCUGACUUUGAAUUGGGAUCCAGUAGCAGAUGCCCCUGCACCCAUGUGAUUUAAUCCCAUUGAUUUCAGUAGGAUUCAACAUGGGUCUGUGCUAUUCGAUCCCAAGGCAGGAUCUGCCCCUGAGUCUGCUCUGUUUCAUAUCCUGAGUUCAUAAUAAUUGGAUCUCCAGCCUAGCAGAGAACUAGACUCUGGCUGUUGAUAUCUAAUACCAUUGCAGUGUCCUUCAGUUACCAACUCAGCAGAAAAAAGGGAAAGCAGCAACAGCACAGUUACCAAACAAAUAGAAACUCUUAAAAGAACACAGUAAAUACAGGAGAAAUAGAAAGCAUUUGGCCAGAAUAACUGCAGACCUGACAAUUCUGAAUGAAGGAGACUUAAAAAAAUUCCUCUUAAGAUGUCACUUCAGCAGACUCAAUGAAUUUUUUUAGUGUAAUACCUGAGGGGCUAGUUCCUCUACUGUUGGAAAUUGAGACAUCUCUGAUUUGGAUGGAACUGCACUGAUUUACACCAGCUAAGGGUCUAUUGUAAAGACUUUACAACUGUUCCUAAAUGUUCCAAAGGUCUCUCUCCUUAAUGCAUGAGACUUGGUAGGCCUGGAAUGUUUUGAUUUAUCAUUCAGACUAACUUCCUCAUGUUAAAAUGUGUGUUAGUUGUCCUGAGCUGCCUAGCCAUUGUAUUUUAUUUCCAUUGAUCUUAAGUCAAAAUGCUACACAUAUAACAAAGGUGGUUCAUCUAUGUCACAGGUGCACAACGAAUACAAUUUUAAAUUCUCAAAAAUUAAUCCAGCCUAAAAAUGCCUCUGGACAUGCUCAUUCAAAAUAUAUGGGUAAUUUUAGAUUACUAGACUGCAGGGCCCACCAAUGCAAAGCAUAGAAAAUGGGGAUGUAGACAGGUAACACAUCUGUGUGUCACUCAUCAUCAGUUCCUUCUCAAGCACAACAACCCCCAUUUCAUCAUCUGUGGCUCAUGUAUCUUCAUGUCCUUCCUGCACUACCCACAGCUGCUCUUAAACCCUAAACAAGUCUUACUAGGUGCAGGUUCAGAGGUUUAAGAAAGACAUAAUAUUAAUGAAAACUACACUGCAAUGUAUUGUAGUGGGAUGUGACAUAUUGUUUCAGAUUAAAAAUAGUGGCUGUGGGACUAAUGUAAUAGUGAGGAAAACAUGAGAAUGGGUGACAUGUUUGUGGUUGGGCUCAGUCCAGGUCCUUUUGGGCCUGUUGAGCAAAUUUCAGCUUUCCUGUGUGUGAAUGGAGGAGGAGCUCUUAUUCUCCAGCGAGUUGGUUCUCCCUUUGGUGCUAUUCUUUGAUGUUAGGGUGAAGGUAACUAUGAAUAUGACUGUAGAAGGUACUCUGAUAUCUCUAGGGCAGUUUCAAUGGUGUCUACUCCAUUUCCAGAUUUGUGAGAAGCCUCUGGGCUUGGCAAUAAGUGCCAUACACUCCACGAUUCUCCUGCAGGUUCAGCCUCUGGGCCUUUGAGCCAUUUGCUUCUAUAACCAUCCAAACGUUUUAGCUGUAGGAUCUGGUCUACCUCUGCCAGACUCCAGCUGGGAUCUUAAUGGGCUACAGCCGAUGGAGUUUGUAGCCAAGAGCCUGGUAUGCAUCUUGAUAUAAGUGUGCAGGGACUCAUGCUUCUUGACAGGCAGUCUGGUGCAAAGAUCCCAGGACUUUGAGCCUUUCAGUGAGUGUUGCUUCUCGUAACUAUGGGUUCUGUAUUAACUGGCAGGUUUACAUUGUGCAGAACCAACGGGAUUUGAAAUUCUCCAAAUGGUUACCUUGAAUGGAGGCUGCAGGGAGGUGAACUGUCAUGUUAAAUGUACCCAUCUUUGGAUUAGUGCGCAGCCCAGUGAUUUGCGCUACCACAAGAGAAAUCUUGCUUUGUGGAUCUGAUGGCAGAAAACAUUUUCUUUACCAUCAUAACCAGAUUUUUUUCAUGUAGUAAGUCUGAAUUGAAUGGAGUCCCUGGUUCCUCUGCUUGUGGAUCUGUGCUACAUUUCUCUCUGUCUCUCUCUUCUGAGUGGGAUCUGUGACGUGAAAUUCUCCUAAGCACCUCUGGCAAUGGCUGAACGAUACCUACAGCAGGUGUCACAUCCAGUUCCCAUGAGCAACAGAUGAGAGGAGGCCUGGCUUGGACUGCUUCACUGCUGGGGGUGGUUUAUCUCCUGUAGCAUUUGCAUUAUUCCACAGAGAGAUCCCAGCUGCAGAAUCUGAUGUGGGAUCCAAAUUUUCCCAACUUUAGGGAUGUGAAAAUCCAUGGAUUUCAGUGGACCAUUUUGGAACAAGAACCAGGUAGAUGGAGCCAGGCUAGGAUUCAAGUAUCUCCGGAGACUACCUGAGCUGUGAACAUGGGGUUUGGUCUAAAACCAUCUCUUAUUGGUGGUGAUGCUUUGAGGAUUUUGAUCCCAAGCAGGAGUCAGAUCCCCAUUGUGCGAAGAGCUGUACAAACAUACUAACAGUCCUGAUUUUGGCUCUUUCAGAACUUUAAAUAAACUUUAAAUAAACUUUAUGAAUCUCUAAA